UUUUUUUCUGCUUGAUUCAUAAGCCACAAACGCAAUGUUAACCACAAUGCCAUGUUUGGACAACUGCAAAAGUGAAAAGUGGGGACAAAAAAAGUUGUCCCCUUUGAAACUGACAACUUGUUUUCUUUUUUUCGCUAUUAUGCGAAAUGCACACACCUGUAAGCAGUGGGAGGUCCACCUGUGUGUCUCCCUUCUCCUUUCUCUGCUUCCCCCUCCUCCUCCUCCUCUUCUACCCUUCUUCGAGUUUGGCUCCCUCUGUCUCACUCCCGUCAGGACCCUCACAGCAGGAGGACCCCUCGCCGCCGGCUAUGUUUCCAGGAGACAAAGCUGCAGUUUAACUCAACAAGUCCAUUGAAGUCACUUUGAAUCUGGAGCUCACAGAGCGGCGGACAUGUCGCUCCACCCGCCACGAAUCGUGCAGCUCUCCGCCGGCUCUCUGGCGGUGGUCUUCGGCCACGACGAAGACGACGAGUCGGCGGACGAGAGCCGCCGGAGCGCCGCCGCCGCCGCCACCACUACCGGGCUGGAGGUGUUCGCCGACUUCAAGGCGCAGAACCUGCGCAGCUUCUGGAAUAAACGGCUGGUGAGGGCCAUGGGCGAGGUGCACUUCCAGGGCUGGAUGGACAGCUUGGUGCUUUUUAUCCAGGGAAGCUCGGCUAGCUUGGAGGUGCUGAGGGAAGCGUGGAUGAGAAGAGCGCUCAAGUCAGCCACGGGCUUGGUUAUCAGAGCUGUGGGCGACCUGUCUCCGUUGCAGAUGGCCCCCGUCCCCCAGUCCCAGUUCAUUCCUCUGGCGGAGGUCUUGUGUUCGGUCAUCUCGGACAUGAACUCCUCCCAAAUCCUCGUCAGCCAGGAGACUCUGGUGAAUCACAUGAGCAAAUCGCAUCCAGGGAUCACCAUCCCAACUCAGGACAUCCUCUACAAUACGUUGGGCACUCUGAUCAAGGAGCGCAAAAUUUAUCACACCGGCGAGGGCUACUUCAUCGUCACACCACAGACUUAUUUCAUCACCGGCAACAUGGCCCGAGAGAAGACCUGGUGGACUUCGGGCUCGGCAGACGACCCUCCCUCGCCGCCACCUAUCACUUACCUUCUGAGCAAUGACUUCUGCGUGGAGAGCACUCAGGCGCCCCCGACGGCUCAUUGCAAGUCUUGUAGCUGCUUCGACCCGCUCCCGACCUCUACCGGUGUCCCGGCUACCGGCCCACCCCUCACCGUUCCUCCGCCUGCCCUGCCCGAUCAGCAUUCCGUCUCCGUUUCUGCCAGCGAAUGCACGUCCAAGAGCUUAAAGUGGCCUCGACCGUCGGAUCACAAGCCCUCGGUGCAGCAUCAGUCGACCUCCACGGCGGCAGACUGCCAGACGAGCGAGGUCAGAAAGCCCGCGGGAACCAUCGACGCCGUUGCCCGCAAAGAGAAAGACGGCAAGCCGUGCAGGAAGUUUGGUCUCAAUCUGUUCCGGAGGAACGGGGGUAAAAAAGAGAAGCCGAAGAAGGAGUAUGCGUCCUUCGCCGGCCAGUUCCCGCCCGAGGAGUGGCCCGUAAGAGACGAAGAUGAUCUCAAUAACUUACCUCGUGAUCUGGAGCACGCCAUCAUCAAGCGCAUCAACCCCGAACUGACGGUCGAUAACCUGACACGUCACACGGUUCUGAUGAAGAAGCUGGAAGAGCGGCGGGAGAAGGCCGGGGACAAGGUACUGGACAAAGGAGUGGACAAGGGAAUCUCAACGGAGAUCCUAAGUUCAAAACCGAGGCACCACCACUCGUCCAGGUCAGCCAAAAGAUCAGCUCAGAAAAACUCUCGUAGCAAACGGCGGUUGCACUCCUCCAGAGAAAAGCAACGGGAGAGGAUCAAGAACAAGCUUCCUGUGUGUCCCAGCGGGUAUCCAGAGGGAGAGGAUUUGAUCCCCACCCGGCUGCGAGUGGAAAUACCAAUUGAUGAACCGGUUCAAGCCGAAGAUCCUGCGGAGGGUGCGUCUCUUUACAAGAAACGCAUUGAAAACCCCUUCCAUGCUCCUGAAGCAGGAAUUCCUCCUGCCGCGGUCGGCUGGGAGCAUCGAAAACCAAAAGUGGUCAGGCCGUCGGUGAGGAAGGAAGGAACGAGCCAUCGUUCCAAAUCGUGGGACGCACAUCGGACCAAGCUGACCGUAGCGGAAGAAGCGCAAACCGCAAAAUCUCCCACAUCCGAAGACAAACACCAUCAGGAGAGGGAUGCCAAUUGCGACCGUCUGCCCCAACCCGAUGUGAAGUUCAACCGAGAGUUGCCACCGGACUACGGCUCGGCGUAUCCGCAGAGCUGCACGCUGCGGAUUGAUGACAAGGUUCGACAUCUGCGGGAAAGAUGCCACACGGGGAGCCGGGAAAACCUCCAACUGAAAGACGGCAAAAACCAGGCUUCGAACGAUGGCCUCUCGACCGCGGAGCCGUACGCCGAUCCCGGCACGAUCCUAACACGGGCCUGGCCCAAGACCGCUUUGCAGCGGAAGCACUCGCUCAGACUCACGAAACCACCAAGGGACAACUCUCAGAACGCCGAGGAGCUUUCAACACAUCAACGCACCACGGACGCAAGAACGAUCGCUGUCAGUGCAGAACAAGGGACUCUGGCUGUGAUGGAACCAGUCGUUGAUGACCUUCCCUCGGUCACAGACAUUGAGGAUGACCGCAGAAUCUAUCAGAGAACAGACCCCCACGAGGAUGAAGAUACCUGCAGCUCCCUGUGCUUGAACCAGGAGGACAUUUUACCAAACUACCUCCACCCCAACUUAGACUACCAUCCAUACGACGGCGAAUCCAAGUGUCUGGAAUCCAGCAGUAACUAUUACGACUCUAACUUUCACUCCCAACAAGUGACCUCCAUCAACAGAAACUCCACCAGUCAUAGGGAGGAUUCUCUGAGCCCAAGCAGACCCGUGGAAACUUCGUGGGGGUGUCAGCAGAGUGAAGUAUCGCCUCAAGAUGAGCCGAUUUCCAAAAAAGAAAUCCUGGUUCAGGAAGGAAUAAACAAGUCCGCCCUUGAGUUGGAUCGUCCUGAACCUCCCGAGGCCUUUGACAGUAGCAUCUUUGACUACUGCCCGGCAAGUGAGGCUGAAUCGGAUGCGGAGACUGUCCGCAAGUCUACGGACGAGGGUGACGGUGAAUCCGCUCACUGGGGGGUCGAUGCGAAGGAAGCUCAAGAGGAGGAUUAUCACGAGCGCGGAGUUACCCGGACGCCAGGAGCUGGUCUAAGCGGGCCCGGGGCGACGGAAAGUGGAGAGGCAGUGGAACUGGUUGAGAACCACAGCAUCACAGGAGACAGCGGGAUCGAUUCUCCACGGACCCACGUUAGUUUGGCCUCCAGCAACACAGUCAUUCUGGAAGGUCUCAAGAGGAGGGGCUUCCUACAGAACUUGGACAAACUGCACUCCAAAAGCAGUGCCAUUCGACCGCAGAGCUCGCUGCUGCAGCUCACGCCGGUCAUGAAUGUGUAAAUGGAACCUCAGCGUCUUCACGUUGCCUUCAUCUCAAGCUCUAUGCAACUGUUCACAAACAAAACUGGUUGUUCAGAUGUUGCAUGUAUAUUUGUCCCUAUUGUAAAUAUUUUCGAAUAUGAUAUGCAACAUAAGUUCCUAGAUGACAUUGUGUAUGCAAAAUGUGUAUCAACAUUUAUGGGUUAGUCUACAGUUUUUUUUUCCUUGGGUUAAAGGUCAUUCUUUGUAUGACUUGAGAACCAAAAAUAAAAAGUGUAUACAUUCA